UGUUUAGUGAUUUGAACAAUCUGACACUUUCUGUUUAGAAGAGAAGACUCAACAUGAUAGAGAGGUCCCAAAGGUCGCUGGAUAGCGGGAGGUGUUAGAAAGGGAACAAGGAAAAGAAAAUUCAGGGAGCUGCGAAAUAAACAGGAUCAUAAAGGGGGACAAAGUACAGACCUCACUAAUAACACCCCCAACCUCUGUAUUGGGCUGAUCAACUCUAUCUGUCCACCUUCUGGGGAAUACUCUACGAUCCUUUACUGAUAGAAUGUUAUACAGCAGAAGGACAGACACCUAAUGAGGACACAAGGACACAAGCCACACCAGGACAACUGGAGAUCUGCUGGAGAGACUCCCCUUCCAGAACCUCAUCAUCCAGAAAGGAUUUUCUUCCAGAGGAAAACAGCAAUGAAACACUCGGUUGGCAUAUUCUCCAGAUCUGAUAAAAGAGAUUAUUCCUGGCUGGUGACACUUCUAUCAUCGAGUGACUUCAGUGAUUGCAUCCAGGAUGUGAGGUCCACCGUCAUAUCCAAUAGUGGUUUUCAGCAGUUUAUAGAUGAUGCAUCUCAGUGCUCUCUGGGGAUCCUUUAUCACACCAAGAAUAGAGGACGAGUCAACAUCACCGAUAUAUCCGGAUCACUCUACGAUGACGAGCUGGACAACCUGAAUCAAUUACUUGGGAGAGACAAUGUGAUUGUGGUGGUUGAUGAUGUGGAGGACAGCAGCCAUGAGGAGAAGAUUCGGAUCCUGGAGAGUCAGCCCACUAUUAGGAAACUGGCCUCUGAUUUGCUUCUCAUUACAAAAACUGAAAAAAAUAACUCCAAAACCUCUAUGACAAAACUAAGAACCUUGAUGCCUUUCAAUUCUUCUUCAGCGCUACAAGGAAGCAGCACCUACGGAGGUCCUGAUCCUCGGUCCGGUGGACACAAUCUGGAGGAAAAGCUCACAGACACCAAUAAAACAAAUCACGGACCACUCCGUGGUGACAAGGGUCCCAACACAAAAUCAUCAUAUGAGAUUUUAAAGCCAUGGAUCAGCAGCAAGAGUCCGGAGGUAUCAUUCCGCGAUGAGGGUCCUCCGAUAUGGAAAGACUAUGAUUGUUUUAAGUCCAUUAGGAAAAGUUCGAUACCAAUGGGCAGCGGUGAGGAGUUUGAGAUUCCAUUGAGCAAUAAACAGUUCUGCAAUAUUUACUAUGAAAGUCAAAAAAUACCUCUCAGCACUGAGAACGUAGAGACCUGGCCCAGCUGGGAGACUGAGAACAUCUAUGAGGAUCCAGAUUCAUGGAUCAAUGACAAACCUAAGCCUAAGAUUAAGCCUAAAAGAAAGUCAACGAUUUGGUACAGUUCUAAAUAUUCCGAGAUGUUGCCCGACAAUGAAUCCCAAGAGGAUGAAUUCUGUGGUAAAACGUCUAACAUAGGGAUUGAUUGUGAGAUUUCAGAAAAACCGCCUAGCAAAGGUUACCCAACCUACCGAAUGAACAAGGAAACUUCUAGGAUACGGUACGGUUCUGAGAGUUCAAAGAAACCACCAAUUGAUGAAUUUUCAGGGAUCUAUUUAUACAACAAACCUGAGAUUGGGUUCACCUAUAAGAGUUCCGGGUCAAACCCUAGGUGUGAGAGGUCAGAGGAACUGUGUGAUAAGAGUUCUGGGUCAAGCCCUAGGUGUGAGAGGUCAGAGGAACUAUGUGAUAAGAGUACCGGGUCAAGCCCUAGGUGUGAGAGGACAGAGGAACUAUGUGAUAAGAGUUCCGGGUCAAGCCCUAGGUGUGAGAGGUCAGAGGAACUAUGUGAUAAGAGUACCGGGUCAAGCCCUAGGUGUGAGAGGUCAGAGGAACUAUGUGAUAAGAGUACCGGGUCAAGCCCUAGGUGUGAGAGGUCAGAGGAACUAUGUGAUAAGAGUACCGGGUCAAGCCCUAGGUGUGAGAGGACAGAGGAACUAUGUGAUAAGAGUUUCGGGUCAAGCCCUAGGUGUGAGAGGUCAGAGGAACUGUGUGAUAAUAGUGACUCAAUGUGCGAAGGUGAGAGCCGUGACACACCGCUAAGGAAAAUGAGUCCCAAGGCACAAAAGAGUCCCAAUAGUCAGUCCAUCGGUCCAAACUUUUCUGAUGUGAUCGAUGAACUGAAAAGAAAACAAAAUAAAAUAAGGAACUUGCCCCACUAACACAUCUUCCUAGAUGCUCCAUAGCCACUUGCUGACCGCCCUAUAGCAGAAUCACAUAUACUAUAUAUGCAGGACAUGUUCCUAAGCUUUUGGGUAGCGGCACAAAUGGGCGCCACCGAAGGCUUGCUCCUGCUGUGAUUAUACACAGCAGGAGUCGAUCAGCGGGUAUCGUUGACUCGAUGUCUGCCGACACCUGCCGAUUAUCCUGUAGAGUAGGGGUCUGAAACUGGUGGCCCUCCAGCUGGGAAAAAACAAUGCCCCAUCUUUGGUGUCAGUAGGAGGAAUUGUGCCCAACCAUU